AUGCCUCAUCUCAGGCGAGCAUCUCUCAAUGUGGCCCUUGACCCACAUGAACCAAACCCGAAAGUCGAAGUCACCAAGGCCAUCGCCUCAGUCACAGAAGACCCCAUCGUCACCACUAAUUCAUCUCCCGACAACAUCUCACCACCCAUGUCUCGUCAUCGCCGCAACACCCAGGCCUCAUUCACAGAUGGCAACACCACAAUACCGACGGCCUCCCUCUCGCCCCGCCGCCCGCUGGCCCAUAUUUCGUCCGCAGGGUCAUUGACUGACACGCCCACGAAACAUGGUCAUAAGAUAUCGACGAUAAUUUCCAAGGGAGACAUGAAGAAGUGGAUGGAGACCGGGACAUAUGGCCAGGAAGCGCCAGAUGAUCAGGGAGAAGGGGUCGAGGAGCAUGUUGUGUGUAUGAGCGAAGAGGAUGUCAAGGCCGGGCAGGCUUCAUCACCUGCACUUGGGUAUAUGAAUGAAGUUAUGAAAGAGGAGGAGACAGGCGGAGAAGCCGAUGAAGCUGAAGAGCAAGAAGAGGGCGCAAUGGCCGAGUCGGUCGUAGUCGGCAUUCUGGUAGAUAGGGAGACAAAGAUGGCUGACUCGAUUGUGGUUGGUAUGCGGUGCGAUCAGUGUGGUGGACAGGUGAUGUGGGCAAAGACAGGAGACUAUGCGACGGUGUGUCAGAAGUGUAGGGAGCCGCAGUGA